UGAUCUGUUUUUAAAAUUCCUGUCAGUACACGUGCUGGAGCAUCCUGGAUCAGUUGGACAGUCUUUGGAGACUUGUUGUAGCAACCUGAUGAUAAGGACUUGCAGUAAUCCAGCCUAGAAGUAACAAGUGUGUGGACUAGUUUUCUGGUCUUGUGAGGAGGAAGGAUUUGCACCUUUAAGGGCUCUGAGCCAAAUCCUCCACACAAGGCGGUCCACUGGAAUGCACUUCCACUCAUGCACAUAACAUCUGUUGACAACAUACCUGACCUCCUGUAGAAAGUGGUACUUUUUAUUCCAUCCCUGAGAGAGCUGCGACAAGCUGACAACAUGAAACCCAAAUCUCUUCCAUCAACGUUGUUUGACAGAAAUCUAGCAUCAGGUGAGACUCUGAAUGUACGAGCAGGAAAAUAUCAGCGGCAUGUGGACUGUGUGGAUCACUCCGGCCACAGUGACAGCCAGGCGGUGGACGACGACAGCAGGAAAACUGAGAAGAGCCACAGGGAGGUUCAUUUUGCUUUUCUGCCCGAGAGAUAUGAGCCACUGGUGGAUGAGGAGGAGAGAGUGAAGGCAAAGGAGGAGAAGAAGAAAAGGAAGAAAGAAAAGUACAAGAAAGUAAAGAAGGGUUACAUACGGACUGCACCUCUCCUCCUGUGGUGCUAUUGUUCUACCAGCACCACAUGUAAUGUUGGCAAGGCACUUCGCUGCACCUGGAAGUGUCUAAUGCUUGGUCUCUACAAUUUUGCCCUCGGCUACUCGACUCCGAUCACGGUGGCUGCUACCUUCGUCCCCGACUUUCACCCAGGCAGAAACACGUCCUGAGCCGUGCACCUCCUCCAGUUUCUCUGCAAACUGCACUGUACAUAGCAGUAAACCCACAGACACUGACCAAAGACUUUUAGUAUGUUUGUAAUGUUUGUUUAUUUGAAAUUACAUUUUUAUAUCUGAUUCCGCCUAAGUGUUAAAGUUAUGCCCUUUUCACAGUAGACCUUUUAUACAGUUAUUACAUUAAUGAUUUCUUAUCAGCUGGCCCAACUGUCAUUAAUGUGAUUAAUUACACAUGCUGGCAUGUUGUUGAUUUGACUAAUCCUAACGUCAUUUGGUCAUAUGGCCCCCUUUUUAAGUAGAUAUAAAAUGAAAGACAGAGUGUGUAAAAUUUCUCUUUGCAUAAUACACCAUUGCUUUCUUUAUGUACUCCAUACACCUAAAUCACAUAUUACUUGUGCACGAAUUAAGCCCUAAGAAGAUGUGCCUUUUUUCACUCUGAGAAUGUUUUUAUCAAGUUGGUGUUUGCAUGUGUGCAGAGGGACACUGUGGGAACGUGGCACCUGCAGUAGGACAAGAAUGACAGGAAUGUUUACUGUAGCCGCAGACAAAAUGAGACGGGGGAAGGAGUCAGGAAAGACUUAACAGGGUCAUCAGUGAAGUAUACGAGUAAUUCAAGGCUGAAAGGAUGUGGACAGGCACAGUAAGUCAGAAACCAGGCCACCCUCCGCCUCUCAGAGCGGAGCAACUGGACCACUGAUCUCAAGAGUGUUACUUAACUCUUAAACAGAUAGAUGGAUGAAAGACUACUAAAGACUGAAGGUGGUAAUGGUAAGGAGGCUUUGGUUAAAUGACAAGUUUAGAAGGAUUCUCAGACUGGAAAAUAAUAGUGUGACUUUUGAAGCUAGUCACAAAUAUUUCAGUGUUUCUGAAUGUGUGUCUUUUUGUUCAGUUUUAAGGGUUUUGUAAGUCAUGACGUGUGUAAAUAGACAUUUAAUAAAAUGUUAAUAAACUGUGCACAAACGUAGU